AACCUCAGCUCGCACAGUGCCACUCUCCUCCUCUUACAAUCAGCAUCUCUUGAACACCAUGUGGACUCAGGUCGGUGCUCUGCUGCUACUGCUCGCCUGCUGCCUUUGGUCGGCCGAGGCUCAGACGGACAACACACAAAGCAUCUGGGAUAAUCCCAUCAAAUUCAACACCAAGGGCAAGGACACGUGCACCAUGAUCAUCACCGGUCAAGGGGAAUACACCAGGCUGAGGCUGUCGUGCCAGAGCAGCAAGCGUUCCUACUGGUGUGAAUACAUUGGCAGGCCUUACACCUGCAGCACCUACAACAAAAACCCUCGUCACUACUUCGUCCAGAUGAUGUGGGGCCUCAGAAAGCUCAACAACGCCUGCCUGGCGCCAAGGCAGAUCAAACCUCACAUGUGCAGGAAGGCAACUGAUGAAUCUCAAAUGAACUUCUCAUCGGCUUCCUUCUCCCGGACAUCACCAGAGGCUACAUCUAGGGCAAGACCAGCAGCACAACCUCAACCUCGUCCUGGGCCCGUAAGACCUGAUCCUGCAAGGCAACCCAUUCGAGUCCCACAACGAGUACAGACCACACCGAGAGCCAGUCCGCAAACAGCGACGCCUCCUGUGCAGAGCAAGGCUAAGAGGAUGGCUCAGCAGUACUGCUGGAGGUCACUUCAAGGCAUCUGCUCCUACUUCAUCGGCUUGUUUCGGAAAAACUGAGGAAGAUUUACAAUUCUAAUGAAGAUAAAUUCUGACGUCUGAUUAUAGCGGCCCUUGGAGGGAAAUUCCAGACCAGCAGCGUGGUCGUACAUUGUAGAAGAACCGUAGCGCUCUCUUCAGGUGAAGAGAUGUUACUGCAGGAUUUCUCUGGGAACCUUGCAUGCAUCAUCUUCCGAAUGACAUGGCUUGGAAACUACCUAUAUUAAUUGUGUAACAACAAAUAAAGUGGACUAUGAAACAUAAGUAUGAAAUACAAAGUACUACUAGAAUGUUUCUGCAGCUGCACAAACCUUUACAACAAUAUACGGGCGUCGGACAAGAAAGACAGACAUUUUUACUGGUGUCACUUAUUUGUAUUAAUGUAUGUUUAAUUGUGUAUCACUUAAUAUAACAUUGUUGGGAAAUACAAAAGGUAGUGAUUCCUGUACUGGUGUAUUUGACAGAACUAUAUGAUGAAUGUGAAACUGAUUUGAUCAAAUAAAGAAAACAUAUUCUCAA